AUGAAGGAGCUCAAACAUGAGAAUAUCGUGAGACUGUAUGAUGUGAUUCACACGGAGAACAAGUUGACGUUGGUUUUUGAGUAUAUGGACAACGAUCUCAAGAAGUACAUGGACUCGAGAAUGGUGGAAAACAGCCCACAGGGCCUGGAGAUGAGCCUUGUGAAAUACUUCCAGUGGCAGUUGUUGGAGGGUGUGGCAUUUUGCCACGAGAGCAAGAUCCUCCACCGCGAUUUGAAGCCUCAGAAUCUGCUGAUCAAUAACAAGGGGCAGCUGAAGCUUGGAGAUUUUGGGCUGGCGAGGGCGUUUGGUAUCCCCGUGAACACGUUUUCCAGCGAAGUGGUCACGCUGUGGUAUAGGGCGCCUGAUGUCCUUAUGGGUUCAAGAACUUAUUCCACGUCGAUCGACAUGUGGUCGUGUGGAUGCAUCUUGGCUGAGAUGGUGACGGGUAAGCCGCUAUUCCCAGGCACUAACGAUGAUGAACAGUUGAAGCUCAUAUUUGAUACCAUGGGCACUCCAAACGAAUCGACGUGGCCUGGAGUUUCGUCCUUGCCUAAGUACAACCCCAACUUCCAUCAGAGACUUCCCAAGGACCUGAGGACAAUCUUACAGCCUCAUGCCAGGGAACCGUUAGAUGACAACCUUAUUGAGCUGUUGCAUGGGCUGCUUCAGCUAAACCCUGAUAUGAGAUUGAGCGCUAAGCAGGCAUUGCACCACCCCUGGUUCGCCGAGUACUACCAACAUCCUUGA